AUGACCCGGAGCUGCGGACCCUCCAGCCCUGCCCUCGCCCUGGUGCUGCUGGCUGUGCUGCUGGGUGGUGGAGCCCGGGCCGCGGAGAUAGUGGGCGGACGGGAAGCCCAGCCCAGCCCACCAGCCCAGCCCGACUCGCGCCCCUACGUGGCGUCGCUGCAGCUGUUGCCCAGCAACCACUUCUGCGGCGGGACCUUGAUCCACCCACGCUUCGUGCUGACCGCAGCCCACUGCCUGAGCGACUUGAACCCGUUGCGGGUGCGCGUGGUGCUCGGGGCCCACAGCCUGCAGACCUCCGAGCCCACCGACAUCAGCCGCCUGUUUGAGAACAGCUACGACCCAGAGGAGAAGCUGAAUGACGUCCUCCUCCUGCAGCUGGACCGCCCGGCCACCCUCAACGCCCAGGUUGCGGGGGCCCAGCUGCCCCAGCAGAACCAGCUGCUGGCCCACGGCACCCAGUGCCUGGCCAUGGGCUGGGGCCGCCUGGGCACCUUUGAGCCGCUGCCCCAGGUCCUGCAGGAGCUCAACGUCACCGUGGUCACUUGCCUGUGCCGGCCGCAGAACGUGUGCACCUUUGUGCCCCGACGCAGCGCCGGCAUCUGUUUUGGGGACUUGGGCGGCCCCUUGAUCUGCGAGGGUGUCAUCCAGGGCGUGGACUCCUUUGUGAUCCGGGGAUGCGCCACCGCGUACCCCGACUUCUUUGCUCGCGUCUCCCUCUACGUAGACUGGAUCCGCUCGAUGGGUCCGUUGGUUCCCUCCCCUGAACCCUGCUCCGAGCCAGGAGAACGUUGCCUCUUGCGACAGCCUUGGCUACGGCCGUUGCAGCUGGAGCAGCCUGGGAUGGGGGUGGGGGGUGGGAAGGUGAACGGGGGCCACAGGGCUGGGGAACUGGCCCUGGUGGACCCCAUCUCCAUUGUUCGGCUUGAGCUCUUCCAAGGUUCGGGCUGA